AAACAUUGAAGGCGGCACCGCCCGUGUCGUUGUACUCAGUGAUGUGACCUGGCCCGAUGUGUCUCUGGUCUUAACUUUCCCCCAGCAAAUUUAAAACGGCAAUAACACGAUGCAGCGUUUGAUUCCAACGUUGGGCAUCUCCUGGUACCGACACUGAAAGCGCCGGAGGAGGAGAUCUCUCGAUCCCCUGCUACAUCAUGAGGAGCACCCCAUGCUAACUUAGCUAGCCAGCUACACUGUUAGCAUCUUAGCAGCUGUCCCGUCCACUUGAAGGCAUAACUGAGACCAGUACAAAGACCAUACGGAGUUUAUAGUAACAGGGAGACCAGCACAAUGACCUCAGCUUCUACUAAAGUCGGCGAGAUCUUCUCCGCAGCUGGAGCUGCCUUCACCAAACUCGGAGAACUAACCAUGCAGCUUCACCCAGUGGCGGACUCCAGCCCCACAGGUUCCCUUCCUCCCUCCAGUGGUCAGACCAAGGGCUCCGUGAAGAGGAAGCUGUACGAAGACGGAGCUCUGUGCGCCUCCUCGGAUGGGCCCAAGAAGGUCAUCAAAAAAACCUUUGCUAGUGUUGCCAUGGCGACAAAAGCGACUCCAUCCGUCAUCUCGGUUCCGAAAGCUCAGGUUGCCAUGGCGUCAGGACUACAGGGUUCCCCCUCCAGGCAGCCCACGCUGAAGAAGCAGAAAACCGGAGAUGUGACCCUCAGUGCUCUCAACGACUCAGAUGUAAACAGUGAUCUUGUGGACAUCGAGGGACUGGGGGAAGGAUCCAACUCCAAAAAACUCAACAACUUUGAUCAAGAUAACUUGGACUCGGGCCUCAUCUUGAACUCCGGUGAUCUUCCUUUGCUCUCCCGUUGACCUUUUACCUUCUUUGGACUUGAAAUGAUGCACUCAGAACGAUGACAAUAAGAGCAAAGCGGCGAUGAACUGGACUUCUCAUUUGAGCCUGAAGCGGCAUGAAUUUUGUGCGAUGUCAUGCAGGACUCGUCCAAUCCUACGCCACUCCUGAGAGAGUUGUUGGCACCAACGUUUUUUUUUUUUUUACCACAAUUCUUUUUAAUUGAGAACAUUUUGCCUUCUUAUUGACUUUAAAUUUGUAUGUACGUCCAGAAAGUCCCAAAAGACCCAGAACAGCAAGGAUGGUCUUCCAGCAUUGGUACUGCCUGUGUUUUUUUUUUUUUUAAGUCAGGAAAAGCAACAGAACGCAGCAGAGAAAUGACGCCUUUGAUCCAGAUGCCCCCGAUGCCGAGGCAGAUGUUUGUCUGAGCAAUGUAAAAUAUUUUACUCUAUUUCAUGUUCAAAUCAGUUGUGCAAAACUCAAACAAAAGUUUGAUUCAACUGAUGGGUUAAACAUAUUGCACCAGUUAUUAGAAUUAGAGUAUUUAGAACAAAACAGAGUGAUGGUUCUGGUAUAUUUUCAAUGUUAACCUGCCAUUAAAAUGUGUUUAGGUGGACAAGACAGUAGAAAUCUGGUCAUACACCUUUCAUAACGGUAAAGGAGAUUUUUUUUUUUUUUUUAGCUCCUGAUCCAUAGUUUGUUCUGAAAUAAUACAAAUGAACGAGCCAUGCAGCUGCGCCUGUCUUCUGCUGGUGGCUUUGAAGAGAACCUAGGAAAUGUCUCGGGCUAAAACAAAGUGGGGAAGAUUUUCACAUGUUUUAGGGUGUCUCGGUACGUUUUCACACGACUUAGCUCACGUGCUGCAACUCCUGUUUUUCUAAACUCCAUCACCUAACACUGGAGAUGAACCCCAUACAGCCCCACUUAUUAGAAUAUAAUAAUACUAAUUUUUAACUUACUCUCUUUCUGUAGACAAGCAGGCGAGUUAACACAAUGAUAAAUACGCACACAGUGCACUGUUAAGCGGGGGACGAGGCCCAUUGACUGCCCCCUCCGCUGCUGGAUUCAAUGCGCUGGCUAACUGAUGCUAAUUGCCGCUGUUUUGAAGCCUAAAAACACAACGUGGAAGUUUGGCAUUAAAAUUCUUAAUGCCAAACCCAAACUGUCACGAAACCAAUUCAUGGUUUGGUGACAGUAUUGUUCUGAUCCUAGAGUUCAAACACCACAUGUUGACUAAAUAAGUAGAAUCAUCUCUCAUAGUAGUUGGGCACCAAAACCAAUACGUGAGUAUUUCUGCACAGUGUAUUUGGUACUUUGUGAUAUUAGACUCACACAUUUGAAUCAUUGUUUUACAGCUUAUAGCAACUAUAAAAAAAUAAAACAAUUUCUGCAUUUGGUAAGGUCUUCUUUUGAAUGCAUUUAUUGGCAUAAUUUGACACAUCAUGGUAUAUUGAGCAUGCAGGCCAUCUACGGUAUUAGUUUCAAAUAGUUUUAAUUAAGCAGCAGUUACAGAAAUACCUUCAGUAACAUGUGGGCACAAACACUAUAUGACACCAAUGUUAAACUAUUGAAUUUGUUUAUUAAUUAUCUGGUGUAGAAACACCAAAUUGCCUUUUUAUCCAUUGGUCGGGAGUAGAUUUUAAUGGUUUCCUCCCUUUUCUCCGAAAAUGUUUAGAAUUAGGACAGGGAAUGUCGCAUUGUACAAGUAAAGCCUUCAGAGACUAA